AUGGCGGCUUCUACCUCUGCUGCACCAAGGGCGAUCUGUCCUUGGCCCUUUCUGAAUCUGCCGUCGGCCACGGAGAAGCCUUCGCCACCUUUGGCACAGGCCGCCACACCGAAGACCUUCGCUUCUGUUCUUUCUGGGUCUGUUGAGUCCACGGUGGCUCUUAGCCAACUACCUACUCCAGUCAUUCGUGGUGAUAUGACUUAUGUCAAGAUUAAUGAAGCGCUGUAUCAGGAACAGUUGAAAACUUUCAAGACUAAUUUGAUUGGUCGACUACUUCAGCGUAAGGGAUCGGCUCCAUUGAAACUUCAUGAUUUGAAAACCUCUCUUACUGCUCUUUGGGACACCUCAUCACCAUGGCGGUUGGUUCCUUUAGGGAGGGGCUAUUUUGAUAUUCACUUUGCUACAGAGGAAGACAUGCGGAGAGUUUGGGGUGGACUUCCUAAUUUCAAGCCAGGGGACACUCUCCCUCAGACCCAUUCCCAAAAAUGGGUUAGGUUUUAUGGAUUGAGUCAAGAUUACUGGCACCCGCAGCAUCUAAUAGAGAUUGCUCGUGGAGUAGGCACACCUUUGCAAUUGGACAGGGCAACUAAAGAAAGAGAAUUUGGCUACUUUGCUAGGGUUCUUGUGGAUGUUGAUCUAGCAGGUGAUUUUCCAUCUACACUGAUGGUUGAAAGAGAAUCUCAUGGUUUUCCGAUUGAGGUUAUUUAUGAAAAUAUGUUUGAGAAUUGUGGGAUUGUUGGACACACAAUGGAUCGAUGUGAACACCUUAUUAAAGAGCAGGCUAAAGCUUCUGCUUAUUCCAAGGGGGUUUUUGGUAGUGAACGCCCAAUGCCCAAGGUUCGGCAAGAGUAUAGAGUCAAGGCCAAACACCAAGUUCCGCUGUGUUCUCCUGAUAUUGCAGAACAACCUAUUAUUGAUGAUCAUUCUAAGAAGGAUGCCGAAAUUGCAAAGUUUGCUGACAAUGUUAUUCAAUAG